AUCUGAUUUCAUUGUCGCGCCCAAACGUCGAGAACCAGUAGUCCUAACGUCGCUAGACAGAUGUCCUCCUGUCGCGAACCGGUCGUCCAAGUGUCGAGUGCCAGAUGUCCAAGUGUUGGAAAACCUGGAGUCCUUUGGGCAACUAGCCCAAAAGUCCCUAUCCCAUUCAAGUUUACAGGCCUUAACCAUUAAGUAGGCCUUGGAAUGUCAUGGCAACUGGAUAUUGUUUGUAGCAGACUUUAAUUUGUUAUUUCAUAUUUUUGUUAAAAACCCCAAGAAAGUGCUCUUUUCGAUUGCUUUUGAUAUUAUAUCUCAUGGAAAGAGCGCCAUGGUGAUUAAUAACUAUAAUGGCCAACCUCAUUCACCUGCUGCAGGAUUUUAAUCCGGGAAAAUUUUUAGUUUAUCUUAGUCUUCUAAUAUUUGUUGCCUUACUUUCACUGCGUUUUGAUGGUGUUACCAAGAUAAAUUAUUGGGCUGUCUUUUCACCCCUGUGGAUCAUGCAUGGAAUGGUACUUAUUGGUGCUGGGGUUGGUUCCAUUGCCUGGUGGAAAUAUCCUGCCAGCCGGAUUGACCCUGAAUCUUACAUUCAUUUUAAGUCCAUGCUGGUUUCUUCAAGCCUUCAUCUCCUCCUAAUCUUCUUUGAAGUUCUAGCAUGUGACAAACUUCAGAGUUCAAGACACAUCUGGGUUUUGGUUUUUCUUCCAGUAUUAUUCCUGUCAAUAAUUUGUAUUGCAGUCUCAAUUUGGGCUCUAAAGCAUGAGCGUCCAUUUGAGGUGGAACUUUUUCUUGCUGUGAAUUUGCUACAGUUGAUUUUCAUUCCACUCAAAUUGGAUGGAGUUAUCACGUGGAAAUGGGAGUUGGUUUUUAUACCUAUCUGGAUUAUAUACGGAGCUGCAAUUAUUGGUGUCUCCUAUUCCAUACUCUUGGCAGCUUUGUUUUCGCGAUCAGUUAACAUCACCAGUGAUCAGAGACGAGCUUCCACUCAUGCCGCAUCAGGUUACGUGUUGUUGGUAAUCCCUAGCCUCAUUUCAGUGAUUUUACUCACUAAAAAACUGAAUGGAGACCUUCAGCUGUCAUAUUCUGUUGUCAACAUACCACUUCUAAUCGCUUUGACAUCCCUUGUUUUGCGUUCUUUCACUGGAAAAGGAGGGAAUCUCUGGUGGUGUGGAAUGCAAAAAGAUUUUUGUGUAUUCUUAUUGGAUUUCUUCCCUUUCUUACGAGAGUAUGGAAACGUUUCUUACCAUCGUCAGUCAUCCGAGCAGAGAUCGUUCGAAUCCAAUGAUACCCCGGAGGUCACCGUUAUGUCACCUAACCGCUAUUCACCCAAUUUCUUUAGACCAAAGGUUAAAAAUAUAAAUAUUGAUUCGCGGACCGUUGUGCCUGUUCUAAUAAUUGAUUUACCUGAUUAAGCUGUUUUGCGUUUGCGUGGCAAACACAUUUUGCAUGAGAUUAAACCUUUUAUAGUAAGUUGUGUUAUUAAAUUCUCAUGUAUUGAAAAAACCUACAUUGAUAUUUAUUCGUUUUCUUAUCGUAAAGUAAAACUACGGAUUGAUUUGCUGAGAAUGUCAAAAUAUGAAAUUGUUAAAGUUUUCCAUUA